UCCUGGAUAGAACGGGUCGGGUUAAAGCCGCUCCAUUUAUGAGCUUUGGCGCUUUAUUUUGUGAAAUCAAAGCUUCUUACAGACGCUUCACUCUCUCGAAACGUUCUUUCAGUUCAGACUCAGAGUAGACGAGUUCAAUCACCGAUCUCACUUUCUCUCCAACUUUUCCAUUUUUCUUCGAUUCUUCAGCUUCCAGAUGGUCAAAGCAGCUGGAAAAUCAUCCAUCGGAGCUACCAACUCUCCCGACGAGAUUGGGAGUUUUAGUACUCGUUUUUCUCUGCCUUCGUUUCUUAAGCAAGUAAAACGACUCACGGAUCAUCAAAGUGAAGCUCUACAGAAAACUGGUUUUGGAAAUUUGCUAUCGAUUCCUAACCAGAGGCUCAACAAAAGUUUGUUAGACGAGUUAAUGAGGAGAUGGGACACUAAUAAACAAGCUUUCGUGCUUCCUCGAGGUGAAAUUUCUCUUAAUCUUAUGGAUAUCGCAUUGAUAUUGAGAUUGCGUGUUGUUGGUCCUCCAGUAUCACUUGUUAAUUCUAUACCUUUCGGGGAUUUAGAAAGAGAUUAUGGCGCUGUUAUAUGGAAAAGGAAGAUCACAGUUACAUCCCUAGAAAGUAAACUGAAUUCAUUUGGUGAUCUUUGCAGUGAUGAAUUUGUAAUAACUUUUUUAAUGUAUACAUUUGGGACUUUUCUUUUCCCCAAUGCAAAUGGAACUGUAGAUUCCCGUUUACUUUCUUAUAUUCAAGAUGUGGACAAUAUUCGCCGGUUUUCAUGGGGUGAAGCAGUUCUUAAAGAUGUUUGUAAUUGGUUAGAUCAAAGGAAAAUGAAGAGUGUAAAGUAUGUGGGAGGUUGUCUUCUAUUUCUUCAAAUAUGGUCUUUCGAGCAUAUUGACAUAGCUCGGCCUGCCUUGUUGGGUAGCUCUGUUUCAUUUCCUCGUGUGUUCAAAUGGGAUAAAAGUAAAUUACACAGUAAACAACAGAUUAUGUCACAGUUUAAGUCUCUACACAAUGAUCAGGUGACUCAGGAGCUUCAACUAACUUCUUGGGAGUCAGAAAUUGACAUAAUUAAAGAGUUAUUGGAGGCACAAAGUAAUGAGAAAGAACAUUCUGAAGUAGAAAACUCUUGUGUGAAUUCUCCUAUUGUUAUUGACUGUGAAUCAGAAGUUGACACAAUUAAAGAGUUAUUGGAGGCGCACAGUAAUGGGAAGGAACAUUCUGAAGCAGAAAACUCCUGUGUGAAUUCACCUAUUGUUAUUGUCUGUGACUUUGGUGCUACACCUCAAAUGAUGAGUCCAAUAAUUAUUGAAGUGAAAUCUGUAUCUAAAAUAAUACAUAAGAAACCAAAGCUAAUAAGAUCAGCAUCUCAAAACGAUGCCAACACAAUUAUUACUAUUGGUGAAGAAAAAGAUUUGAGAAGAAGAGUCAAGAUGUUGGAAGAGAAAAUCAUGGAAUUACAGAAGGAGAAUGUAGAAUUAAUGGGAGAAAAUGAUGAGUUGAGAAAAGAUAACAAACUUUUGAGGUUGUCAUCAGACAAUCUUGUGUUUCGACUUGAGAAACUUUUAUUGGAUGAGGAUCACUGCUGAGUGUUGGAAAUUGUGAAUUCCUCUCUAUAUAUCAAGUUUAAUCCAACAACUUGAUGGUGAUCAAACGAUCUUCCUAACAUAAAUUUGGUAUGGGGUUUUCAGUAUUUUUUGUGUAUACUUUCCUCAGAAUGAAAAUUAAAGUGUAUAGAGUGCUUAAGGUUAUAUUACGAUUUAUCUUGUGGUUUCUUUCUUGACUUUGUAAAUAUGUAGAUAGGUUUUGUAAUUUAUAAUAUGAAAUUCGAACUUAAUACGAAUC